AGCUUCUAUUUUUCGAGGUUCGUUUCUGUGGGUGUGGCGUCUCAUACGCAGAAUAGCUACUUUGCAAAAAUUAUAAUCUGCACCACCUGGUAGUUUUUUGAUUGGCUAAUUGUAUGGAAGACAUGUGCAACAGUUGCUGCAAAUAAAUGGUAUUGCAAUGAAUCACGCCACAGAUGAUGAUCUCAUGGGAUUGGGAAUUCCGCUUCAUCACCGUGCUGCGGUCCUUUCAGUGUUUUUGUGCUGUGCACCCCGUUGUAUCGUGAUGCACCGAAGUAGAAGUGGAGUUUGAGUACAUUCGAGCUUGACCAUGCACGCCCACACCGCAGUCGCGUAUCUAUCGCAAGGAAGAGGGGGUGCACGGGAGGCAGGCAGAACUCGCCCUGUAGAUGAUGUUUGCCGACCGAGCUACAACGGGUCCGACUUCUCGCAGCCACUUUGGAUCUUUGCACAUCGCCAUUCCUCGAGGCUGGCUCACAGAUCUGCAACUACUGCAUCGCAUAAAGUCAACGCCUCCUUUGUCGACACCGAAACUCCGACGCCGCCACCGUAUCAUUGAUGCAGAUUGUAACGCUAGUUGCCGGGAGUCGCAGGAGUCUUAGAUCCAACAACAAUUAUAUAUAAAGUACAGUUCUUCUUCUUACAAUAACAAUUUGUACUUGAUGACAAUUUGGAAUCGUGUGUCCAUAGCACCAACGCAAAACCACGCAACUUUCCAUGUUGUCGUUGUGCCAAUAUGAAUAUAGUAAUCCGUAUUCCUGUAGUCGUGUCGCGGCUCAGGAUGAUGACACGGUGCUUUAUCGCAAUCCAAGUGCUGAUGUUUCUGCUUUACUCGACUGCUAUAGAAGCACUUACAAUUUUGCUUCCAUACCCCAGCCCAAGUCUGCGCUGCCAAGGACUACCGCUCCGCCUGUCCGUCCGGGUGGACUUGGGGAAAGAUUCCCGGCACGAUUCACUCCACCUACGUCUGCAAACGACUCUUCACGCCGGGAACAGGUGGGGCUGCAUCCGGGGCAACCGGCGCGCCAGGGACCGACAGCCCGGACUGGCAGGAGUCACCGGAUGACGUGUAUGGUGGAAAUUCGGCUGCUGGCAAAGAUCGUUUUUAGUUCAUACCUUGCAGAGUUUUUGUCGCCUACGGUUCUAUGAACCAACUACGGUUCGGCGUUGUCACUGUCAGACUCGCAUGCUUGCGUGGUCUAGUAGAAGGACAGCACCAAGGAUUUCUAGCCUCGCAUUGAGUUUGAGGUGAUAUCCUUUCAAGAAAAGAUUUUGCGAUGUUGAAGAACAAGAACGAGAACCAUUAUUUACUUAUACUUUGCUGAUGUUGACGAGUUUCAUACCCCCAUGUACCAGAAGAUGCAGGACGCGUACGGCAGUGCGAAGACGCCCCAGGAGAUAUCAAACGCAGAAGUGUCUGGGUCUGGAAGAAUGCAACUUGUGAUGCUGCGUUUGGAUUCGAAAAAAUCUGCAUUGCAUGAGUACCAAAGGGAAUCCAAUUUUUGCUACGCUGAGAAGCCAUUUGUCAUGCGGAAUUGGCAUCAAGAGGCCCUCAAAAAAUCUGUAUUGCUAGGGUAUGGAUCACAGACAUCAUGGCUCAUGCAAAACGUGCAUGACAAGUGUCAGAAUCUUCCAGACCCAGACACUUUUACAGUUGAUAGGAGAAGGAGAUGUACAAGAGUCUGAUGGCGCGGCUAACCGGGACGGGCACGGGUGCGGGGAGUAACGCAACGCGGAUCGUCGACCCGCCGGGACCGACAGACCCGCGUCCGGUAUGCUCAGAUGAGAAAUCCGAACCACCUGAUCAUCUUUCGCCUUCAGAAACAGCGAGCUGCAGCUGCAUUUUUCACGGAUGUAAUCAAGGCAGCGUACUACAGUGCACUGUGCUGUCUGCAAGCAGGGGUAUGCGCACUCGUCGUGCCACUUCUUGUUCUUCAGUUUGGAUUUGGAAACCUGUUUAUGGAAAACCAAAAGGAUAAGGAAUUUUUUUGAAGGCAAACAGAGGAAGUCAGGUAGGCGUAGAUAUUUUCUCCUGCAUAGUCGGACGCCGAGAAAUACAAGCGAUCGCUUUCCAAGCUCUGCAUCGACACCUACAAGAUCACCACGGGCUGGGAUAUUGACAAAACGACUGGGAAGGCAAAACAGGUAAAUGUAAAUUUCUUGUUGCAAAGCGGUACAUUUAAUUAGAUUUACAUCAUGAGGUACUAGCUGCUCUUGUUGUUCCUAUUUCCCCUGAAUGGUACCAACUCAGUGCGCAUCUAGAGCGGUGUCAGUGAAGCACGCAUUUCAUCAUCUACUCAAGUACUAGUACAUUGCAUUUCAUCUUCCUCGAAGUUGUACAAAAAUCUUCUUCCAAUUCAAAUUUUCCAGAUGGCGUCUUUUCCGGUCAAUGGAAGUAACACCUGGAGGGGCAUAUGAAAGCGAAAGGCAAAACAGUUGUUACUGUUGGUGUUUUAGACUACUGCCGUUUAUGUUGUAGAAGUAGAAGCUAGGCUUUUUAUUCCGUUUGAGGAUGACGAGAUCCAUGUUUUAUGAACGACGACUUUCUGUGUGUGUCUGUGAACAUCCCAAAACGGUUAUUUGUCCCCGUUUCCGAGUUGAAUCCGAAUGACAAUUGACCACCGCUGCACAACAACUGUUCCCCGCUCCUUUUUCAUAUUCCACCGUGGCCGACGACGAGGCUGUGACGGACGCGGACGUGUCCAAGCGCCGGCGGAUGGAGCGGAAGUGCAACUUUUCCUGGCCCUGUACCUCGCAAGGGGGAUGGGCGGAGGACUACGCGGCUACCGGACGGAACAUCUGCCCCAUCGGCUGGAAGCUGAACAGCGAGACCGGGGUGUGCUACGCCCGGGACAUGAAAUCGUGCCGGAAAUUGACCGAGAGCGUCUUCACAACCAGCAAGUCGUCAAAGUAUGAUACAUGAAACACGUGGUCUCAUCUUAUUCAUCCGGUAUUGGGGCCUCGUGCGGAGAAGAAGAUAGAAUUUUCAGCUUUGCAGCCUUGUAACAAAAAAAGAUGUAAUAUGAUAAACAUGAAGAUUUACUUUCUGUUUCGCAUUGUGCGUGAGCCACGCCGAGGUAGAUUUCAUUUCCUCGACACGGUGCACUACCCGUUCACCCUGACCGGAGUGCGAGUGGUAGCAUGGUAAAGUAUUCUAGUUGCUUGCACAUGAUGUGCUCGUCGUGCUUCAGAGAUUGAAGAUGCAUAAGCUGCAUAUGUUGAGCAUGGGCAUGAGCAUGACCAAUUCUAAUUCACUCCCGCCCCCUUCGCCAGGCUAAAGGAUUUUUCCCCACCACACCGGAUGCGAGCGGUGUUCCGACCAGUGGAAGUGGCAGCACUGCGACCUGUACAACGCCCACGCCGGCGACAUAUCAAAUGCAAAAAUGUCUGGGUCUGGAAGGAUGCGAGCUUGUCAUGCAUACUUGGAUCACACAAAAAUCUGUCAUGCUUAGACAGCCAAGGGAGCUCCUUUUUCCGUCACCGACAGAAGGUGUUUGUCAUGCGGAUUAAGCAGUGGGGAGCCGUUUCAAAAGCUGUGAUGCUAGGCCUUGCAUGGCACACCUUCCGUGUCAAGCAGACACAGCAUCACAAACCUCAGCAAUCUUCCAGACCCAGACACUUUUGCAAUGCAUACGACAGCACGGGCUGCAAGUACGAAGGCGGCAAGUGUCGGCCGGUGUACCACGGACCUUGCUUGGGGGAGAAAACGCUGUGGUUUUUCACACCCAGGAUGAAAAGCUUCUUCAGCAAGAUGUGCGACGUGGCCUACCCCGUGCACAAACUCCCGGGAAAGAUCAUCCGCGGCGGGGAUGUAUCGCAAGAGAAAAGUGUUACGGUUACACACUUGUAUGGAGUUUCUGCAUUACAAAUUUUCUCCGUGUCGUGGCAGACAAAACUUGUGAUGCAAAGAUCCUAAGGGAAAAGGAAAACACCAACACGUACGAAAUGAAGCUCGCAAGCAUUUCCUGCAUGACAAAGGUUGUCUGUUUUGCAGCUCUGGCAGUUGCAACGCAAUGCGUACCUGUAACACGUUUUUCCUGCGAUAGGAUGACAGUGACCGGCUGACGGAGAUCGACGAGGUCGCCAUGCUACCAAGUGCAAAAGUGUCUGGGUCUGGAAGAAUGCAACUUGUGAUGCUGCAUUUGGAUUCCAAAAAAAUCUGUAUUGCAUGAGUACAAACUCAAACGGAAAUGCAAUUUUUGCUACGCUGAGAAGGCAUUUGUCAUGUGGAAUAGGCAUCAAGAAGCCCUCAAAAAGUCUGCAUUGCUAGGGCAUGCAUCACAGACAUCAUUGCUGAUGCAAAACGUGCAUGACAAGUCUCAGAAUUUUCCAGACCCAGACACUUUUGCAGUUGAUACAUGCAGGACCUGGACAAGUCGAAACAACAGGAAUUCAACGACAUGAUGCUACAGUCCUUCAAAACCGGUGGGGCCUUGCUGAAAACCGCCUUUUCCGCGGGACAGGGCGCGUUGCUAAAAUUGAUGCGGCUGGUGUCGAAAAAGACCGCCGUGCACGACAACGACCUACCAUCGGACUGCAUCCGGGACUACUCAGUGAAUUGCCCGGUCAACUGGGACGAAGAUGACGACGGGUACUGCUCCGCGCCCCCGACCUACACUGGCCUCUGUCCCAGUCGGAUUUCGUUCCUCACACUGACGAAGGAAAUGAAAAGGGCCGCGAGCGGCCACUGCGACUUCGCCUGGCCCUGCCACGACGAACUCACCGUGCCCUCGUUUCACGUGUUUUUGUGAAUGAAAAGUGAGUUUCUACUGUCUGUUCUUUGAUAUGUUUUGUUUGCGCUUGUUGAAAAAGCUGAUGUAGAUGUUUCGUUUGCCAUCUCGUUUUUCUGUCGUAUGAUGAAGGCAGCACAAAAAACCCUACUAAACGUAUGAGUUCAAUUGUAGACCGAAUAUCCAAUGUACUCCAAGAAUGUGGACGUGCACGGAAGCGAUGGACUUUCUUUAAGUUUUUUGCAGUCGUAGUUUCUCCUUGCGAAGCCGAAGCAACGUGAAG